UCCAGAAGAGAAUUAUCCUGAGUGGAAACUAGCCUUUACCCGUCUGUUUAGACGGGAAAGUUAGGCGGAAAAAUCGGAUAAGAAACCUGUCUGUGAUCUGAUUCACAUCAGGCGAGUUUCCCGUCUAAGGAGUAAGGCCCCAUUUUACUACGCGGAAUUUUAGAUUUGGUACGCUUGAAAUUUGACUCAAUUGACGAAAAAUGUGACUAAAAAUUUCACAUUUUUUUGGUAAUAAAUGACACGAGACGUACUGUGCAUAUGUUCCAGAUAUGCUCAUUCAUUGUUCAGUUUUCUAUAUAGCCCAGCGCUAGUGAAAUCCAACAUGGCCGUCAAUGUGGAAAAGCGGGGUUUAGCUGCACUUCGCCAAAAAUCUGAUAGUAUUUUUAACAAAAGAUUCAAACUGAAGUCGAAGGAGGACCAAUAUGUUCUUCCUGAAGCUGGUGCUAUGUUCUCUCUUCCAGGUUUUACUAAUGAGCGGUUAAUUACGAUUAAAGACAGUUUAAACACAACCAAAAAUUUACUAAAUUCCAAAGACAUAGAAAAAUGGAGAAAACAUACAAGUAAAACUAACCCAUGUGGUUUAGUGGUAAAAAAUCUACGCGAGGCAGUAAAACCUGAGUUAUGCACCCAAGCAUGGGCAAAAUUUUAUGAAAUAUUAAGCUCUUGUGAUGUUAUUCCUUCGAAAUGCAUACAAAAUAGAAAGCUUACUAGUUUACAUCUGUGUGAAGCUCCUGGUGCAUUUAUUGCAAGCUUAAACCAUUAUUUAAAGUCAAAUUUGGAUGAUAUGGACUGGAAAUGGCUUGCAUCGACUCUUAACCCCUUUUACGAAGGAAAUGAUACAAAACAAAUGAUCUCUGGAGAACGGUUUAUUGUCGAGACUCUAGGAAACUGGAAUUUUGGUGAAAGUAAUGAUGGUGAUUUAAUGAAGUGGGAGAACCUUGAUUGUCUGUUGAAGGCAGUAGGCGGUGCUGGGAAUGUUGAUAUUGUGACAGCAGAUGGCAGUAUCAGUUGUGCAGAUGAGCCUGACAAACAAGAGAUUGUGAUUAGCCAAUUAUUGUAUUGUGAGGUAGUUGCUGCUCUCAUUAAUCUAGCAUGUGGAGGUACUCUGGUCAUAAAAAUGUUUACUAUGUUUGAACAUCACACUAUUGGAAUUCUAUUUCUGCUGUGUUGUCUCUUUGAAGAGGUUGAGAUUAUUAAACCAGGAACCAGUAAACCGGGGAAUUCAGAAGUUUACUGUGUUUGUACAUCCUUUGCUGGACCUACGCAUCUUCCCAAAGACCUUUUAGAAAAACUACGAUUCCACUAUGGCCCGAUCACACCUGAACUAACAUUGACCUCCCUUGAGUGUUUACCACCAAAGUUCAUAGAACAAGUGAUAAAGUGUGCAAAGACAUUCUCAGAAUAUCAAACUAAUGCCAUAAAUAGAAACAUAGAAUUAUUUGAAAGUUUUUCAAAAGGCAAAUGGAAGUUCUUGACUAAACUCAGGAAGCAUUUAGCAAAGGAAUUUGUUAUUCGUUUUAAUGUACAGUAUGUGGAACAAGACUUGUUUGUUGUAUCACAGGUUCAUUUGGAUGGUACACAGCUUAGUUACUGGCCUGAAAGUUUACAUGAGACAUACUGUAACUCAGGUACCCAUCAUACAGGCUCUUAUGUUCAGAGAGUUGCAAUGUCAAAACUUGGCUGGCAUGAAAGAGUUGUUUCUCCAAAUGAAAUGAAGUUCUUGAUUACUGAAGAGGAACUUGUCAAUGAAAUAUUCAAUUCAGUAACAUCAAUUAACUGGUUGAAAAGAAAGGAAGAAACGAAGUCAGAUUUACAACACUGGGAUGUCGUCUCUGGUAAAGCUAUCAAACUAAUCCAGAGUUCGCGAUUCUGCACCCCGACGUUAAUAAAUCAACUGAAUGAAGCAAGAAUGGCCGCGAAAUUAUAUCAUUCUUCUCAAGGAAAGCAGCUCAUUGAAGCUGUAGAAUGCCUUGUAAAAGAAAAAGCACUAGAAAUCGGGCACUGGAAAGGUGUUUUCAACAUCGUUAGUCUACUACAGGAAUGUGGUAUGUUGAAUGAGUAUAAAUCUAGUUUUAUGCUGGAUAUUUCCGGGAAUGGUCGGUUUGUUUCUCAAUUGUUGCGGAGUGGAGUUUGUUAUAAUGAGCAAUGUAUAUCAUUGAUGUGCCUGAACUGUGCAGAACAUUGCAAUGACGUUGAACUGAGAAAGAUCGUGGCCAAGAGUUGUUCAGGGUUUGAUACCAGUGAAGUUGAAAAAUUAAGACAUUUUGGCUGUGAGGAAAUGAAUGAAGAUGUUUUAGCAACCAACACUGGUCAAGACGAAGCAGAUAAAGAAACUAACAAUGAUCCAAAAGCAGUACGUAUAAUAUUAGGAUCUGUGUACAACACAUGUGAGUCAACAGAGCAGCCUGACCAGGCUGAUGAGUUAACCACGCGAGCUAAGUUUCUUAACCAGUGCAUUACUGCAUUACGCUUGCUUCGCCAAGGUGACUGUUUCAUUUGCGAGCUUUCCGACACAUUGACUCAGUUUACUGCAGGACUUGCCUAUAUUCUAAACUUGCUCUUCAAAGAAAUUGCAUUGGUUAGUCCAACUUUUUGUCCUGUGUCAAAACAAUUCCUCGUGUGUCGUGAUUUCGUCAAUUCAGUCCAAUCUGCCACUCUAAUUGCCUACAUGGAACAAGUUUCAGAGGUUUCCUUCAACAACAAACCGUUAGAAGAAGAUAUUAUUAGCUUUCUACCCAUCAACGAGUUAUUUUCUGAAGAGUUUUACAAGUACAUUCGAACACAAUCAACAAAUCACGUUAAAGAACAGUUAAAUUGGAUUGUUAAAUGUGAGCGACUGUUGCUGUCAAAAACUCAUUUCGAGUAACAAACAUACUGUCGA